AUGACACAGUUGACCAACGAAAAUGGUAAUGGGAAAAACAAAAAACAGAAAGAAAAGCAACUUUUCCAGAAUCUGGUGGUGAUUUCAGCCACGAUAUGUAUCCUGGAAUGUGAAGCACAGGCAUCUCCUGCAUUGACCUGGGAUUUGUGUUACUGGGCAGCAGGUCUGAACCAGCUUCCACUACCAUUACAGGAGGAGAAAACAUCAAAGCGCUCUGAUGAUGAAGCGGAGCCUCUGGCCACAGUGAGCAUAGAAAAUGACAAUGGUGUUGAGUAUACUGAGGCUUUGGAGCGGUUUCGACAUGCCGCGCAAGCGCUCCGCAGCCAGCAGCCUUCAGAGGAGGAGGAGAAACUGGAAAUUUCAUAUGACCCGGACUUUGACCCGAGGACAGAGGAGGACCAGGAUGGUGUAGGAGAAGAGAAGAGCGGUGAAGCAGCCGCAAGCAUAUCCAAGCGAUUUGGAGGCUUUAUGAAAGGUCGUCACGGUUUCCGGAAGUUGGUGAGCUCCGGAAGGCCUUUGCAGAAACGCUACGGUGGCUUCAUAGGGAUAAGGAAAUCUGCCCGCAAGUGGAACAACCAGAAGCGUGUGAGUCAGCUACUGAGGCAGUACCUGAGCUUGACGGGUCGCUCGGGGCGUUCAGGUCUCAUCAGCAACCUCUCCACCAGAAUCCGGAGACAGGAUGAAGUUUAGCUGGCCUUAGAGCACAGGCCUUGGUCUUUUCACUUACCUCAGCUCAACUGCUCAUCAACCAUCAGUAACUGUGAACAUCUAUCAUGCACCAUAGCCCAGAACUAGCUAAAUCUGUGUUUAAU